AUGUCCAAUGCUAUCAUGAAUGUGCACCCUCAUCCGUUGCAGCAUUACUCUACUCUGAGCAUCGCCGAAUUCUCCUCGCCUUGCUCAACGCCCAUUGACCAGCGCCGAUUCCAGUGUUGCGCCGUAACGGACAAAGGCCUCCGCUGCCGCAAUUCACCCAGGCGCAAUGGCCCCAGGAGUACGCUGUUCUCGUGUCCCAUUGCCUCGCGGCGCCGUAAGCUGACCGUAUUGCUCCAGACUCGACGCGCAAAUCGCAGUGGCUACGUUGAGCACGACGAUUUCGAAGGUCUCCCCGUCCGACAAUGGCGCCACGAAUGGGUCAAUGUCGCGCCUCCGGUCCAGCAGGAGCAGCAGCAGCAGAAUGACAUCUGGGCCAUCGAACUCAUUCACGGCAUGCCCAAGGACGCGACUCUGCUGCCUCCCCACACGCAGGAGCUGCUGCGCGCUGCGCGUUCCGGUCGCCUCUACAAACGACCGCAUCCCAGUGAAGACGACGAGGCAGAUGGCGAACCAACCAUGCAGGAGAAGCAGGACAAGAAGGAAGAUGACACGAGCGCUCAGGGCUAUCAGAUAAGGAUCUGGAAGCAGCUCCCCAAGAACGUUGAGGCGCCGGGCAUCUCGCACCUUGCGAAGCGGAGGAAGAACAUCGUCACCAUCGCGAGUCGGACCGUGGAGGAGAAGGUCCAGGGACCUACGGUGACGCGGGCCACGGUCAGGCGGAUGGACGCAGCCGGAAAUCCUUACACGGAAGAAGUCACACUGUCAGAGGGCCAGCGUGUGGAAGGCGAAGUCAUUGCGACCAGAGUGGAGGCCAUCGCCGCGCCACAGCAACAUGCCUUUGCAGCCCCACCAGCAUCGGCAGCCAGGAGACGACCACCGCCGCCCAAGAGAAAAGCAAAGGCAGGACCUGGAAGAGGCAAGAAGAAGAUCAAGCAGCCGCUUUCAACAGAACAGCAGACUGCUGGAGCUGCUCCCGUCGCUGGAGCGGGAGCGGGAGCUGGAGCUGGAGCCGCAACAACGGUCAAGACGGAGGCCAAAGACUUGCUCACACCCGCGCCGAACGAGAGCGAAGCGCCGAACCCAGACAGCGAGAUGGGCGAUGUUGACGGCGACGAUGACGAUGAAGAAGAAGAAGGUGACGAUGGUGAUGAGGGUGAGGAGGGAGAUGAAGGCGAAGGCGACGAGACUGAGCUGCAAGAUGAAUCUAUCCUUGACAUCCCCAGAGAUCAAGACGAGGAAAUGGUCGAUGCUUCCCAUAUAAUUGAUCGCUCCGACAUCGAAAUGAAGGAUGAGCAGCCGGCACCGUCUGAACCUGCACCCAAGGAGCCCUCGCCUCCUCCGCCAACAAGCAUCCCGGCGCUCGAAGAGCCAUCGGAUCGUCCAGCUUCUGUGCCACUCAAACAGGAAGACACACCGCCCAGGAAUCCCGUCAUUGUGCCGUCGCCAUCUGAGCCAUCGGUCGUUGCCGAGCCCGCAGCAGAAACGAUUCAGCCUAUGUUGGAUGCGAUUGCUGAUAACACGGCGAACUCCACCAUCGCUGAGCCCCCUUCCACGAUCGUCGGGGAAGCUCCUCAGGAAGCUCUUAAUCGUGACGUGCCACAGGCUGAAGAUCUGCCUCCCCCGGACCAAGUGGGCAACAUCUCCAGCCCAAAGGCCGAGGAUGAAACCUCCCGAAUCUCUGAGGGAACGCCCAAGGGACAAACGAGCAGCCAGCCAGACAUCAACAUCCAAAAACCGGUACUGUUGCAUACACUGUCUACCAUGACGGAAGAUACCAUCAAGCCGGAGGACUCGGUCUCAGUAACGGCACCUUUACCUGAAUCGGAGGCACCUUCAGAGGUUGGAAAUGUGUCAAUAGAUGACGCAAAGGAAGAAACUGCCCCUGCUAAUACUGUGGCAGAACCCACCGAACCAGAGCCGACAGCUCCCGAGGUCGAGGGUGACACCCACAUGACCCAGGAGAAUGAGUCGGAUCUGCUCGGUGGCUUGAUGGGAGAGCUGGAUCGUCAGGCGGCCGCAGCGCAGCUGUUGGAAGAAGCCAUGCCCAACACCACACCCGCCGCCGAGGUCAAACCCGAGAGCCCUGUCCAGCCGACACUGCUUGAAGUUCCAGAGCCCGCCCCUGAAGAUGCACCACCCGUCACCGAAGAGGCACCCGAACCUGCUCCAGAGCCAGAGCAGCAGCCAGAGCCGGAAUCAAAGCUGGAACAAGAGUUGGAGCCGGAACCCAAAGCUGAACCAGAGUCCGAGCCUGUGGCAGAGCCUGAUUCUGUGAUGGAGCCUGAGCCCGUGGUAGAGCCUGAACCUGUGGCAGAAUCCGAGCCUGUAGCAGAGUCCGAGCCUGUUGCAGAACCCGAGCCCGUUGCAGAAUCCGCGCCUGUGGCCGAACCCGAGCCCAAACCCGAGGCAGAGCCCGAGUCUGAAUCUCUACCUGUACCCGCGCCAGAGGAACAGCCUGUGGAGGAAUCGACACCUCCAGUGAAAACAGAGCCUUCUGCUGCCGCUGAAGAGAAGGAAGAGGAGAAGGAAGACCCGCCAGCCAACGCGUAG